AUGAGGAAAAAGUGCUCUCAUUGUAAUCUGGACGGCCAUAAUUCUCGCACGUGUCAAAGUCAAGGUGUUCGGAUCUUCGGGAAGAAGCUCACACCGUCUGAUUGUUUCCCUUCCACCACUACUGCUCGCAAGAAAGCGGUACAAUGGACUGAGGAGGAGCAUAAGAUGUUCUUGGUUGGGCUUAAGAAACUGGGCAAGGGCGACUGGUGUGGCAUCGCUCGUAAUUAUGUGUUCACGAGAACUCCCACUCAAGUUGCCAGCCAUGCUCAAAAAUAUUUUCUUCGGCACAGCUCUCAAAGCAUGAGAAAUAGAAGAUCCAGUGUGUUCGACAUUGCUCCUGAUGAAGAGGCUCAAGAAGCUGGUAGCAGUUCAACGACAGUUCAUCCUCAUGAAGUUUCAGAAAACCAACCUGCUAUGCAGAUUAACAGUUCAACUGACACGGAACCUGUCAUCUCAGAUCCACCCGCAAACCUCAACUGCUGCUAUCCUGCCUUCUUUCCAAGCAAGCUGUACAGUUACCCAGCAGUUUAUCCUGGCUUCCUUCAGCCUGGUUUUCCCUUUCCCAUGGCUUACUGGCCUACCUAUCCAGCUCAAGCUCCAGUUUUACAGUCACACCAUGAGAUUUUCAAACCUGUUGCAGUGCGUUUGAAGAGCUCUGUUGACGAGGAGGAGAUUGAUGAUUUACCAAGGCUGAGUUUGUAG